GUCACGUGCCAAGGAGCAUGCUGCAACCUGAUCAAUGCCAAGACCCGACCAGUCGUCAUCAGCCUCAUCGGUCAAUCCAUCCAUCCAUCCAUCCAUCUAUCAAUCUAUCUAUCCCCUAAGCUUUCCUCAAGCUCGUCCGACUUUCUUGCGAAAAACCCCAACCCUUCAAACCGACGACCGAACCCUUGCUCCCACAUAAACCCCAUCGAUCGAUAUACCUCCCGACCUUCGACAGGUCUUUGUUUUAAUUGCUCUUUUUGUUCUUUUCCUUUCGAUACCUUAGGCGGGUAAAGCUAGAGCUUCCCCGAGCGAAUAUGGACAUGGAGGAAGACCGCCUCUUCAAGUUCCGCCGGCCAGCUUGGCUUAACAGCGCCUGGGCGCGCAGCGCGGGCGUGUACACGGCGGGUGCGCUGUUCUCGCUCGCGUUCUACAUCCUGAUGGACGCGGCGGUGUGGUCGGCGUCGCCGCUGAACGGGUCGUACGUGCACGUGACGUUCGUGGACUGGCUGCCGCUCAUCUUCAGCUCGCUGGGGAUGCUGAUCAUCAACUCGGUGGAGAAGGCGCGGCUGUCGGCGGACUCGUUCUCGUACAGCGGGUCGGGGGUCGCGUGGAAGGCGCGCGUCGUGCUGUUCCUCGGGUUCGCGGCGCUCGCGGGCGGCAUGGCCGGCGGUGUCGCCGUCUUCGUCCUCAAGUACGUCGUGCCCGGCGUCGGGUGGCCCAUGCUCGGCAUGGGCGUCGAGAACGUCGUCGCCAACGCCCUCGUCAUGCUCAGCUCCGUCGUCUUGUGGGUUAGCCAGAAUAUGGAGGACGAGUAUAGUUAUAAUUUGUCGCUGUGAUGAGGGGGAGAUGGGGGACCGAUCGAUACGACGGGUGGACGGGUAGACGGACUUGGUGGAGCGAGGAAGAUAACUGAAGUUGGAGGUGUUAGGAGGAGAGUUGCGAAGAGCGGACAGGCAGACAGGCAGGCAGGUGGGCAGAACUUGGACUGGCCUGGACGCUGGGGAGAUUGAUCUAUUACCUAUUGUACAAUACAGCAGAGACGCACGCAGCAUUAUGGCGCGGGGACUGGGUCCAGGCGAGGCGAAACUAGGCGUGUAGUAAUCCAGGGUUAAGCUUUGUUUUUGUUUUUGUUUUUUUCUAUGGUCUCGGCUUCAUACACUUUCGAAUAUUACUUAAGAUUUCUGUGCCUACCUACCUAGUUUUACCGUUUGAUAUAUGUAUUUGCCGACUCUCCUGCUUCCAUUCGGGAUCGCAACGUAGUCAGGAGGAGGGGGGCUAUUGUGUUAGGUCCUUUACCGUGGCUAUAGCAGGAAAGACAUCAUCACUAUCAUCUGAUUAAUUA